CGAGCAGGCUGCAGAGUUGAAGUGCAGCCGACAUGGGCAACUUGAAGAGUGUGGGCCAGGAGCCUGGGCCACCCUGUGGCCUCGGGCUCGGGCUGAGCCUCGGACUAUGUGGCAAGCAAGGUCCAGCCUCUCCAGCACCAGAGCCUAGCCAGGCACCAGCAUCCCCAUCCCCGACCCCGCCAGCACCAGACCACAGCUCCCCACUAACUCGGCCCCCAGAGGGACCCAAGUUCCCUCGAGUGAAGAACUGGGAAGUGGGCAGCAUUACCUACGACACCCUCAGUGCCCAGGCUCAGCAGGAUGGACCUUGUACCCCAAGACGCUGCCUAGGAUCCCUGGUAUUUCCAAGGAAGCUACAGAGCCGGCCCUCCCAGGGUCCUCUACCCACUGAGCAGCUGUUAGGUCAGGCCAGGGACUUCAUCAACCAGUACUACAGCUCCAUCAAGAGGGGUGGCUCCCAGGCCCAUGACCAGCGGCUUCAGGAAGUAGAGGCUGAGGUGGCAGCCACUGGCACCUACCAGCUCCGGGAAAGUGAGUUGGUAUUCGGAGCUAAGCAGGCCUGGCGCAAUGCUCCCCGCUGUGUGGGCCGGAUCCAGUGGGGAAAGCUGCAGGUGUUUGAUGCCCGGGACUGCAGAACUGCACAGGAAAUGUUCACCUACAUCUGCAACCACAUCAAGUAUGCCACCAACCGAGGCAACCUUCGUUCGGCCAUCACAGUGUUCCCCCAGCGCUGCCCCGGCCGGGGAGACUUCCGGAUCUGGAACAGCCAGCUGAUACGCUACGCAGGCUAUAGGCAACAGGAUGGCUCCGUGCGAGGGGACCCUGCCAACGUGGAGAUCACUGAGCUCUGUGUCCAGCAUGGUUGGACCCCAGGAAAUGGUCGCUUUGACGUGCUGCCUCUGCUGCUCCAGGCCCCUGAUGAGUCCCCAGAACUCUUCACUCUGCCCCCAGAGCUGGUCCUCGAGGUGUCCCUGGAGCACCCCACGCUGGAGUGGUUCACUGCCCUGGGCCUGCGCUGGUACGCCCUCCCAGCUGUGUCCAACAUGCUGCUAGAAAUCGGGGGCCUUGAGUUCCCUGCCGCCCCCUUCAGUGGCUGGUACAUGAGCUCAGAGAUUGGCAUGAGGGACUUGUGUGACCCUCACCGUUACAACAUUCUUGAGGACGUGGCCGUCUGUAUGGAUUUAGACACCCGGACAACCUCAUCCCUGUGGAAAGACAAGGCGGCCGUGGAGAUUAAUGUGGCCGUGCUGCACAGUUACCAGCUCGCCAAAGUGACCAUUGUGGACCACCAUGCCGCCACUGCCUCCUUCAUGAAGCACCUGGAGAACGAACAAAAGGCCAGGGGGGGCUGCCCUGCUGACUGGGCCUGGAUCGUGCCCCCCAUCUCCAGCAGCCUCACUCCUGUCUUCCAUCAAGAGAUGGUCAACUAUGUCUUGUCACCUGCCUUCCGCUACCAGCCAGACCCCUGGAAGGGAAGUGCAGCGAAGGGCACAGGCAUCACCAGGAAGAAGACCUUUAAGGAAGUGGCCAAUGCAGUGAAGAUCUCUGCCUCACUCAUGGGCACAGUGAUGGCAAAGCGCGUGAAGGCAACCAUCCUGUAUGGCUCUGAGACUGGCAGAGCCCAGAGCUAUGCACAGCAGCUGGGGAGGCUCUUCCGGAAGGCGUUUGACCCCCGGGUCCUGUGCAUGGAUGAGUACGAUGUGGUGUCCCUAGAACAUGAAGCACUGGUGUUGGUGGUGACCAGCACAUUCGGGAACGGAGAUCCCCCAGAGAAUGGAGAGAGCUUUGCAGCAGCGUUGAUGGAGAUGUCAGGCCCCUACAACAGCUCCCCAAGGCCUGAGCAACAUAAGAGUUACAAAAUCCGAUUCAACAGUGUCUCAUGCUCAGACCCCCUGGUGUCCUCUUGGCGACGCAAGAGGAAGGAAUCUAGCAACACAGACAGUGCAGGGGCCCUGGGCACCCUCAGGUUCUGUGUGUUUGGACUGGGAUCUCGGGCCUACCCCCACUUCUGUGCCUUUGCACGGGCUGUGGAUACACGGCUAGAAGAGCUGGGUGGGGAGCGGCUACUACAGCUGGGCCAGGGUGACGAGCUCUGUGGCCAGGAGGAGGCCUUUCGUGGCUGGGCACAGGCUGCCUUCCAGGCCGCCUGUGAGACCUUCUGUGUGGGAGAGGAUGCCAAGGCCGCUGCUCGGGACAUCUUCAGCCCCAAACGCAGCUGGAAGCGCCAGAGGUAUCGACUGAGUACCCAGGCUGAGGGCCUGCAGCUGCUGCCAGGCCUGACCCACGUGCACAGGCGGAAGAUGUUCCAGGCUACGAUCCUCUCUGUGGAAAACCUGCAGAGCAGCAAAUCUACCCGGGCCACGAUCCUGGUGCGCCUGGACACCGGAGGCCAGGGAGGGCUGCAGUACCAGCCAGGGGACCACAUAGGUGUGUGCCCACCCAACCGGCCUGGACUCGUGGAGGCAUUGCUGAGCCGUGUGGAGGACCCACCCCCACCCACAGAGCCCGUGGUCGUGGAGCAGCUGGAGAAGGGAAGCCCUGGUGGCCCUCCCCCCGGCUGGGUACGGGACCCCCGGCUGCCCCCAUGCACGCUGCGACAGGCUCUCACCUUCUUCCUGGACAUCACUUCCCCGCCCAGUCCUCGUCUCCUUCAACUGCUCAGCACCCUGGCCGAAGAGUCCAGCGAACAGCAGGAACUUGAGGCCCUCAGCCAGGACCCCCGACGCUAUGAAGAGUGGAAGUGGUUCCGCUGCCCCACGCUGUUGGAGGUGCUGGAGCAGUUCCCAUCAGUGGCCCUGCCUGCCCCACUGCUCCUCACCCAGCUGCCCCUGCUCCAGCCCCGGUACUACUCAGUCAGCUCAGCACCCAGCACCCACCCAGGAGAGAUCCACAUCACUGUGGCUGUGCUGGCAUACAGGACCCAGGAUGGGCUGGGCCCUCUUCACUAUGGUGUCUGCUCCACGUGGCUGAGCCAACUCAAGGCUGGAGACCUGGUACCCUGCUUCAUCAGGGGGGCUCCCUCCUUCCGACUGCCACCUGAUCCCAACUUGCCCUGCAUUCUGGUGGGCCCAGGGACUGGCAUUGCACCCUUCCGGGGAUUCUGGCAAGAGCGACUGCACGAUAUUGAGAGUAAAGGGCUGCAGCCGGCUCCCAUGACUUUGGUGUUCGGCUGCCGAUGCUCCCAACUGGAUCAUCUCUACCGAGAUGAGGUGCUGGACGCCCAGCAGCGCGGGGUGUUUGGACAUGUCCACACCGCCUUCUCCAGGGAUCCUGGCAGCCCCAAGACCUACGUGCAGGACAUCCUGAGGACUGAGCUGGCUACGGAAGUGCACCGCGUGCUGUGCCUCGAGCAAGGCCACAUGUUUGUGUGCGGGGAUGUCACCAUGGCAACCAGCGUGCUGCAGACAGUGCAGCGAAUUCUGGCGACAGAGGGCGACAUGGAGCUGGACGAGGCGGGUGACGUCAUCGGCGUGCUGCGGGAUCAGCAACGCUACCACGAGGACAUUUUUGGGCUCACAUUGCGCACCCAGGAGGUGACAAGCCGUAUACGCACCCAGAGUUUUUCUUUGCAGGAGCGACAGUUGCGGGGUGCAGUGCCCUGGGCCUUCGACCCGCCCAACCCAGACAACCCUGGUUCAUGACCACCCAGUCUGUUCCCGGAGAGAGGGGUUGUCCCACUGGUCAGCUGACCAGGACCAGACACUGUCCCUCUCUUCCCGAGGCGCCUCCAUCAGAACUGUCUUCUCUCUCCA